ACAUUACAGUCACACGGGUCAGCGUUGCGGUGAUGAGGGGGGCCUAGUAGUGGAGAGUCUGUCCGAAAACACGUACACAUCUCGCCUGGCUGUGCGGCACAGGCGCUCUCUGCGAGACAACUUUCCAGCUCAGCUCAGUCACGGUGCCACGCAGGAACAGAGGCCCGCCGAGUCCACUUCUCACAGCGACCUUGGAAAGAAAGGGAAAGUCAAAACAAAGAUAACCGCCAUAACCAUCAGGAAAAAGCCUCAGCGUGAAGAAGGAAUAGCUUAGCAACAGUCUCCUACUUCCUGAGGUGUACGGGAUCAAGCUCCUAACACCAUGGAUAUGGACACGCAGCCACAAGGACAGCAAGCAGCUGUGCCAGUGUUUCAACCCCAGAAACCGUUGCAGCCAGAUAUGGGCCAUAAUUCACUGGCUAACUUCCAGAUUGAGAAGAAGAUUGGACGCGGCCAGUUCAGCGAGGUGUACCGAGCGAGGUAUCUGCUGGACAACACGUCCGUGGCCCUGAAGAAAAUUCAGAUAUUCGACUUGAUGGAUGCCAAAGCUCGGCAAGAUUGCAUCAAAGAGAUAGAUCUCCUUAAGCAAUUGAACCAUCCCAAUGUGAUAAAAUACCACGCGUCUUUUAUUGAGGACAAUGAGCUGAACAUAGUACUGGAGCUAGCAGAUGCUGGAGACCUCUCUCGUAUGAUCAAGCACUUUAAGAAGCAGAGAAGGCUUAUCCCAGAGAGAACAGUGUGGAAGUACUUUGUUCAGCUCUGCAGUGCGCUUGAACAUAUGCACUCUCGGAGAGUUAUGCACAGAGAUAUAAAGCCAGCCAACGUAUUCAUCACAGCUACUGGAGUAGUUAAGCUAGGAGACUUGGGACUGGGGCGAUUCUUCAGCUCUAAAACAACUGCUGCUCACUCGCUAGUGGGUACUCCUUACUACAUGUCACCGGAGAGGAUACAUGAAAACGGCUACAACUUCAAAUCUGACAUCUGGUCGCUAGGAUGCCUGCUCUAUGAGAUGGCAGCCUUACAGAGUCCGUUCUAUGGGGAUAAGAUGAACCUCUACUCACUUUGUAAGAAGAUAGAACAGUGUGACUACCCCCCUCUUCCCUCAGAUCACUAUUCAGAGGAGCUGAGGAAAUUGGUAGAUAUGUGCAUCAACCCUGACCCGGAGAAGAGGCCGGACAUCGCCUACGUGUAUGACAUUGCUAAACACAUGCAGAACAUGACGCAGGGCAGCUAAGCCCAGAGUUACGCACACUAUGCCUUGCAGAACUCCUGUCCACGAUCCUUCUUGCUUUUCAAGCUGGACUCGUCCGUCUUCAUUAAUAGAAAACUUGCUCCAGUUUCUUGUCAUGAAUAGUACAUGUAACACGUUUUUUUUAAUUUUCAGAGUGAUCGUUCAGUCUGUAACCUUUUCUCCCCUCGAGUAAAGAAUAUAUUAUAUUACCAGUGCAGCUCCUUUCCUAGACUUUAAUGUGUAUUGUAUCUCACCAAUGUGUUGCUAUGGCUUUCAAACACGUCAUUCUACUCAUGUCAAACUGUUUCUCAGUAUACGUACUGCUAAAGCAGAGGUACUGGAAAGAGAUGGGCGCUAUGUUCAGUAUUCAUCAACAGUUGAUCAGUGCAAAAUAUCAUUAAAUUUGACCUUGAAAGCUCUCGAUGACCUACAGUCGCCUCAGAUGGCACAAAAAAAAAUAAAAUUAGUAUCUAGAAAUGGAGCGAAGAGACGUUCGCUCAUUGACAGCAACUCUGCAGAGUCUAAUUACGGUUGAAGUGUUGUUGUGUUGCACUUUUUACCCUGGUACUGGAAGGCUGGCAGGGUGAUCAUGUCUAAUGAAUGUAUUAGAAAAGGAAGGAUCAUUUAGAGGGUAGACUACAGCUGUGCUACAGGGAGAACACGAGCAAAUGUCUCCACAACACUUUGAAUGUAAGUCAUUGUGACGCCCAUGUAUUGUCUUUGAAAAUAUCACAGUGUGUCUUUUCUGACAGCCGAGCAGGCAAAGAAACUGUAACAGCAGCAGUGUUACAUGUGACGUUUACUUCCUCGCUCAAACCAUCACGGUUCCUCCAUCAUUGAACUAAAGAGAUGAACUACAGCUGCAGUGUUUGUGUCCGAGCCAUCAGAAAGGUAGAUUAGCUACACAAAACUGUGUUAAUGUUGCUGUGUAAGUUGCAGUGCAUGUGUCUUUUAUGUAACAAGUGAGAAGUUACUGAUCCAUGCUAAAAGUACAGCACAGGUAACAGCCAAUCAGAGGAGGGAAAGCAUCUUUAUGAUUUCUAGGCUUUACCAAAGAUUUGUACUGAGGGGGGAAACAUUUAGUUGUACUGUACCUGGAAAUAAACACCACCAAAGAAUAACAAAUAAAACCAUUAAAAUGACCCAUUUGUGCCUUUAGAGGGAGACGACUUAAAUAAAACCAGGAAGUUUACAUAACGACAGUGACGAUACAGCGAAGGUGUCGUCUGUAAACGAGGAUCGAUACUGCUUUAUUUCAGUGUGUUACACGUUAGCGUCUGUAAACUCACACGUCCUGUUUUUAAUGUUUGUUUUUAUCAACAUUUCUGUGUUACAUACAAAGUCCGAGCUUCAGGUCCGACACAGCGCAGGUUACUUUGCGUUCACAGACAAUGUUGGCAGUUAUUUGUCUGAUACUUGCAAACGCAGUGUUUGCAGUUUGUGUUUGCAGUUUGUGUUUGCAGUCGUUCACCUCGUCCUAGAUUUUGUUCCUUCGUUGUUUUCCGUUCCCAUGGUGAUAAGUGUUUCUGCUCAGUAAAUCUCUUAAAUUUUCAUCAUCUUCACCUGCAGUCCUGUUAAUCUCGUCUGUGUAGCACCAAAACAUUGCAGUAUUUUAGAGUUUUUAAAGGAGCUGUGGCACUAUUUUUAUUAAAUAUUUUGCUUUGAUGCUAUACAGAAUUCCCACGCUUAGUGUUUUAGAGCCUUUUAUGCUUUUUCUUUGAGGCAUUUCUAAUUAAGGCACCUGAUCAUUUAUGUUUGCUUAAAGUGCAACAGCAGCAGAGCGGAACAAAUGUUCUGUUAAUACGCAGAAACAAAGACGUUGUUUCUUCUGUUGGUCCUCACACAGCGCUCGGUCACUUUAACCAUCACGGCGCUCGUGUAGUCUUGAUGUGACGCAUCACAGCGCUCCACUGUGCCUCGGUCUUUUAGCUUUGCCCAGUUUAUUUUCCGCGCGUCCUCCUCAGCAUAGUAUUGAAGAGUCCAGCUGUCGGCCACAAUGCAAAGUACUGGUAAUUGAUAUUUAUUGUUUUGUUAGUUUAGUUUUCUCAGUGAACAUUUCAUGUCAGAAACAUACCCGUGACACGCCUUGUAUGCAAACUCGAUGUAAUAAAGCUUUCAAAUUUC